AUGAUAGUGAAUUCUGUUAUAAGGGGCGACAAAUCUAUAUUUUUCAUUGAUGGUCCAGGUGGUUCAGGCAAAACGUUUCUCUAUAGGACGAUAUUGGCCAAGUUACGAAGUGAGGGACGUAUUGCAAUUGCAACUGCGACAUCAGGUAUUGCCGCAACCAUGAUGCCAGGUGGGAGGACAACCCAUUCUAGAUUUAAGAUACCCGUACCAGCAUACUCAACUUCUACAUGCGACAUAGGAGCAGAAGAUCCUUUGGCAGAUCUCAUUCGAAAAGCCGAUUUGAUUAUUUGGGACGAAGCAACGAUGGCAAACCGAUAUGCAUUUGAAGCUCUGGAUACAACGUUAAGAGACUUGACCAAAGUUGCAUUGCCAUUUGGAGGGAAAAUUUUGCUUUUAGGUGGGGAUUUUCGUCAAGUAUUGCCUGUGAUUGAGCACGGGAUGCGAGCACAGACUAUUAAUGCAUGCUUGACAAACGCAAAAUUCUGGAAGGAUGUUAAGGUGAUCCGCUUAAAAGAGAACAUGCUUUCAAGCUUGAAAGGAAUGCAAAGUGACAAAAGUUACAUGAGCCAGAGGGCAUUGAUAACACCAAAGAAUGAUAUUGUCGAAAAGCUAAACCAGAAAGUUAUCAACAUCUUUCCAGGAGAUGAGGUAGUUUAUCAUUCUUUUGACAUGGCUAAAAAUGAUCCUAACAAUUUGUGGACCGAAGAUUUUCUCAACACUAUUGCUCCGGGUGGAUUGCCUCCUCACAGGCUUAUACUCAAGAUAGGUGCUCCGAUAAUUCUUUUGAGGAAUCUUGAUCCCAGUUAUGGUCUUUGCAACAGCACGAGGUUACAUGCAGAGGUUUGUAUAGAAACUUCAUUGAUGCGGAGAUCGUUACCGGUAGUUGUUCAGGGCUCAGAGUCUUGA